AUGGGAGACACUACAUCCAUCCAUUCAUCAAUCUUCGGCAAAACACCUAAAGAAAAACUUGGUACUUUAUCAUGUAUAUCCCUAAUUGUCAAUAAAAUCAUCGGGACAGGUAUAUUUCUGAACCCAUCUCCAAUCUUCCAAUACACCAACGGGAAUGUCGGUCUAUUCCUUUCAUUAUUCCUUUUGGGUGGGAUUAUUAUAUUUUGUGGAUUAUUAAUCUAUUUAGAAUUCGCCCUCAAUCUUCCAUUUAAAAAUGGUGGAGAAUUGAAUUAUUUACUACGAGUAUUUAAAUUCCCCAAAGGAUUAAUGGGAUGUGUUUAUUCGUUUCUGAUUGUGUUGUUGGGAUUUUCGUCGGGGAAUAGUUAUGCAUUUGGGAAAUAUAUGAUGUAUGCCUACACUGGUAGACAUGAUGGGGAUUCGAUUGAUGAUAGAUUGGUGAAAUUGAUUGGGGUGGGGUGUAUUUCAUUUUGUAUCUUUUUACAUAUACGAUAUCCUAAUCAGGGGACUCGGUUGUUUAAUUUUUUAGGGGUGUUUAAGAUAUUGAUAUUGGUAUUGAUUAUUGGGAUUGGUGGGUUGGUUGCCAUUGGUGGGUUGAAGGGUGUGGCCAAGACGGAUAAUUUCACCGAUGUGUGGAAGUUUCAUGAGGAUAUGAAACCAAAUAGUUAUUCAAUUUCGGUGGCGUUGUUGGAAGUUAUAUAUUCAUUCAAAGGAUGGGAAAAUGUUAAUUAUGUUUUAAAUGAAGUGGAUAAUCCUUAUCAUAUCCUAACCAUUGCUGCUCCAUUAGCGGUUCUUCUAACUACUUCAUUAUAUUUUUUGGUCCUUAUCGCAUAUCUUAUAGUCAUACCAAAGGAAGAAAUCUUAUCAAGUGGAGUCCUAAUCGCCGGGAUAUUUUUCAAUAAAGUCUUUGGAGAAAGUAUUACAAGUCGAUUAUUACCAAUAUUAAUUUCAUUUUCAAAUCUAGGUAAUGUAUUGGUAGUUUCAUAUGCUCAUAGUGUAGUUAAUCAAGAAUUGGCAUAUAAUAAUUAUAUCCCAUUUUCAUCCUAUUUCCAAAACCUAAAUCAUGCAUUAUUAUUACAUUGGAUAAUCACCGUGUUGAUAUUGGUCCUCCCGCCAUCAACUGAGAUUUAUGAAUUUAUUGUUAAUUUAUAUAUUUAUCCUGGAACUUGGAUUAAUAUUUUGUUAACCCUUGGAUUAAUCUAUCUUAAAUUAAACAAACGAAAAGAAGAAUGGGGGGAAUUUAAUCCAAUUGAUCAUUCGAAAUCAUUAUUGGAGGAUUUGGAAGAGGAUUCAGAUAUAAAUUCUAUUGAAUCAUAUAUGGGUGAUGAAGAAGUGAGAGAAUAUACUCCUAGAAGGAGACAUUCUGAACAUGAUCAUUUAUUAAGAGUAAGUACUGCAGAUUUAUCGGAAGCAACUAUACCUAAGAAGGUAAUUUCUGUACCAUUUAUUGGAGUGGCGAUCUUUUUGAUUGCAAAUAUCUUUUUGGCAUUAUUUCCAUUUGUACCUCCACCAAAUUAUAAAUCAUUAGAUAUUCCAUAUUGGAUGUUCCCAGUUAUAGGAACUGGAGUAUUGAUAUUAGGAGCCGUAUUUUAUUUCAUAAGACCUUUGAUUUAUGAAGAUUCAGAAAUUAGAUACGAAGAUGAUUAUAAAUAUUUAUAA